UACUAACCCAACCCACUACUAGCUCCCUCUAGAAGAAGGAUCAUCGUCUAGCUUGUUCAUACAGAAAAAGGGAAGCAAGAUGUAAGAGCUAUCCUAGCUCCCCUGCACAUGCACAAUGAACGAACUCGACCUGUGUCAGUCGUUCAGUUGCCCAGUGCAUGCUGCUUGAUGCCUCCGCGAUGUGAUGAUCUCUCGUUGCUCACGUACCAAACCUCGAUUGCCUACGCUGGCCUUCACCUAACCUACUCCAGUUCCCCUAUAAGUACCACCACGGAUCACACCCUCCAUUCGCCACAGCUCACCAGCAGCACAACCUCUCACCGGCCGUCUCGCUUCUGUAAUCUGACUGAGGUCGAUCUCUCAGCUCCAUCCAUCCAUCCGAUUCCGAUCAUGGCAGCCAGCAGCAACAAGCAGGCGUCGUCUCUCGCGCUCUUCCUUGUGGCGCUCGCGGUGUCGAGCGCCGUGCUGGUGAGCCUGGCGCCGGGCGCGGGUGCGGCGACGACGACGUGCACCCCGACGCAGCUGACGCCGUGCGCGCCGGCCAUCAUCGGGAACGCGGCGCCCACGGCGGCGUGCUGCGCGAGGCUCAAGGCGCACCCGGCGAGCUGCUUCUGCCAGUACAAGAAGAACCCCAACAUGCAGCGCUACGUCAACUCCCCCAACGGCAAGAAGGUCUUCGCCGCCUGCAAGGUGCCCCUGCCCAGUUGCUGAGCGCCCGAUCCGCCCGAUCGAGCUCUCGCGUUCUCGAUCGACGAAGCGGGCGCGCCCCCGUGCGAGCACACCGGCCGAUCGAUGACAUGGCUCGCUGGUGCUAUCUGCUGUACUAAUAAAAGACCAGUGAUCUGCUUAGAGUUCGUACGUAAUACUUGCUGAGAAUAAAUUGAGGCGUAGUAGUGCUUGGGGCCUUGGCACGUUGUGCAGACCCCAGACUUGCUGUAUCGUUUAAUUAUGUAUGAACACUUUUCAUAUAUGCAGUAUUUGUAUGAGCUUCUAUGAAGUAAAUGCUGCAAGAAUAAAAGAAUGUCACUCGGAGUUGCCUUUGGACA